AUGGAUUUGUUGUUCUUGAUGCAAUCGCCUACUAAAGCUGUGUAUAAUGCAAGACACUGGAACCAGCCAGAGCCAGAAGAACUGCUGCCCGUGCCUCCAUCACGAUCUCAGGCUCCUCCAGCCGCUUCAUCGGGAGGCAGUAAAGAGUCUAACACGCACAAGGACGACGGAGUGUUCAAAGCUCCAGCUCCUCCUCCCAAAGUCAUUAAGUCCGUCACUGUCCCUACAGAACCUUACCAGGACAUGGUCACUGCACUCAAAUGUAGGAAAGAACACAAGGAGUUGUUCACCGUUGUUCAGCACGUGAAGCACUUUAAUGACGUGGUGGAAUUUGGCGAGAAUCAGGAGUUCACCGAUGACUUUGAGUAUCUUGCCACUGGUCUGAAGACUGGUCAACCCCUUAACACACGCUGCCUUAGUGUUAUUAGUUUGGCCACACGGAUACUACUAUAA